AUGGAGUUGCUGUACGGGCCGACCAAGCCGCUUGAGGUUCCCCCGGCACAGCCACGUGACUUGGCGGAGUCCAAAAGGCUGUGCGAGACGAUGGCGACUGUGGUUGCUGACAGAGUGAGGGAGGCGAUCGACCUUAUUGAGUUGACCGCCCACCGUCUGGUGGACCAAAUAACCGCAGAGCCGGAAGAGCGGUGGGUGCGAGCCUACCCGUUCGGUUCUUGCGGUUUGGGUGCCUCCGUUGCAGAUAGCGAUCUCGAUAUUGUGCUGUUUUGUUCUUUUAAGGUAACGGCGGAGGUGUUUUUUCGCGAGUUCCCUCCGCUGCUGCAGCCUGUCGUGGGGAACGUGGUUUUGGUUCCUGCCAGGGUUCCUGUGGUGAAGUUCAGUUACAGUGGUACUUCGGUGGAUGUCGUGUUUGUUUCAGCGGCUCUGGCCGCUCCCCCCACGACAGAGCAAUUAUUAGAUGAUUCUUUCCUUCUUCAGGUCGCCCGCGACACCCGCCACAGUGUAAAUGGUUUACGCACGGUCUUGGAAGUAAAGCGGCGUCUACCGGUGGCGUAUGACGUCUUCACGACGGUACUUAAGUCCGUGAAGUUAUGGGCUAUGCGGCGAAAGGUCUAUGGAAAUCUUUAUUGUUAUCCAAGUGGCGUGGUUCUUGCCAUCAUGGUGGCUCGGAUUUGUCAGGUCAUGCCUGCGUCUCAUCCCAACGUCCUUUUGCGCUUUUUUUUCUUGUUUUAUACUCAAUGGCUGAGCCGCCAUGAUCGUAUUUCUCCAGUCUAUAUUACCACAUCUUUAGAGUCUCGGGGCCGUAUUCCAGGUCUUCCAGACUCCUGGGAUCCGCGGCGUGACGCGUGUCGUGACGAUUUGUUGCCUGUUAUAAAUCCCGCAUACCCUUAUGUCAACGACGCUCGCAACGUCGGUCGCUGCAGUUUGGAGGUGUUUUACGCGGAGUUAACAUACGCUUAUCGUCUCCUGUCCAACCUAGAGACGCCCCUAGAGGCGAUAUGGGAGCCUUAUCACAUUUUGGAUGAUUAUUCCACUUUUUUUGUGGUACAUGUUACUUGCGAGGAAGAAAAUGAAGAAAAAUUGGAGGCGGUUCUUUCCGUAUGGAGCUCCUACGUGCUGAGUAAACUUCGGAUUUUACUUUAUGCACUGGAGCGUAUUGUGGACGCUCGUCCAUAUCCCCAAAAGCUGAAUGAUGGUCCACCAAGGUCUGCACCAAAAUCCGGCCGUUUUCUUAAAGGUAGUUGUUUUAUCGUGGGGAUAAAAGAGAAAGUUGGUAGGCGUUUUCCACAGAAGAAUAUGUUUUUUGAGGCGUUUGAUGAGCUAAGGUAUGCUGUGUUGGAGGAGUGCAAUGCGACGAAGAGUGUGCGGGGAUUUGAGCGUGACGAGCGCACCAUGCACGAGCCAUGGUUUGCGCUAGUGUCCGCUGCAGAUCUUCUUCCUAUUCUAAAGGCGUAA